AUGGAGAGUUGCCACGCAUACCAUGGCCAGAUCAAGGACGGCCUUUUCCACGGGAAAGGGACGCUGAUCUACAGCGGCAACGAGAAGUAUGAGGGCGAGUUCGUGUUUGGCAAGCGCGAAGGGCACGGACGCUUCCUGUACGCCGAUGGCGCGACGUACGAAGGCAAGUGGGUGGAGGACCGGAUCCACGGUCAGGGCGUGGCGCACUUCGCCAGCGGCAAUCGCUACGAGGGGCAGUGGGAAAUGGGACGGAUCAACGGCUUCGGGAAGCUCUCCUACAGCAACGGCGACGAGUACGAGGGCGAGUGGGUCGACGGAAAGAUGCACGGCCGCGGAACCUACCGCUACGCCGAGGGCGACGUCUACACGGGCGAGUGGCGAGAUGACAAGCGCCACGGCAAGGGCAGCGUCACCUACGUGAGCGCCAAGGGGUCGGUCGUGGAGAAGUACGAGGGCGACUGGGUCAACGGGAAGAUGCACGGCCACGGCAAGUACGUCUACAGCGACGGUGGCGUCUACGAAGGCGACUGGAUCGACGGAAAGAUGCACGGCAAAGGCACCUACGUCUUCCCCAACGGCAACGUCUACGAGGGCGAGUGGGCGCAGGACAUGAAGGACGGGUACGGCGUCCUCACGUACCAGAACGGCGAAAAGUACGAAGGGUACUGGAAACAGGACAAGGUCCACGGCAAGGGAACGCUGACCUACACGCGCGGAGACAAAUACAUUGGCGACUGGAUGGACGCCAAAAAACAUGGAGAAGGCGAGCUCAUCUACGCAAACGGCGACCGCUUCAAGGGUCAGUGGACCGACGACCGCGCCAACGGCUUCGGCGUGUUCACCUAUGCCAACGGAAACCGCUACGAGGGUCAGUGGCUCGACGACAAGCGCCACGGACAGGGCGUCUUCUACUGCGCGGAGGACGGAAGUGCCUACGAAGGCGAGUUCGUCUCUGGAAGAAAAGAAGGCAACGGCGUGCUGCGCCUCGCCACAGGCCACCAACUCGAGGGUGCGUGGUCCGGUGGUCAGCUGGUUCGCGUCACAUCUUUCAUGUUUGCGCAGGACUCGCCCUGGCUCAACGUCGACUUGUGA